UCUUUUGAUUAUAUUGCAAUUAUAACAUCUUGGUUAUACAGAUAUUAAUGCUAUUUUAUUAGUAACACUGCAGCAAUCUUCUCCAUUGUACCAGUAGGAUUACUACUUGACACUCGCAAUUACAUUUUAAAACCCUCAGAUGUGUAUUAUUUUAGUGUACUGCGUUGUAUCUCACUCUAAUCAGGUGAUGGCCAUCCGUGCUUUAAGCUUGUUACUUAGGCCCUUGGGUCCGGUGUUGAACUAGCAGAACUUGCAGCAGAAACUGAAAGUUGAAACAAAUCUGUGUAUGUGCAGCACUCCUUUAAUAAGGGCAUUGUUUGUAAGAUCUUCAAACUUAACGUGCAUUUAUACAGGUGUUUCUGCUGCUGCUUACUGCUUUUGCCCUUUUUGCCCUUUGCUCCCACCCCAAAAGAGCAUUGGAGCACUCUGGAGUUCACUCCUCUUUAGCAUGAGAGCAUCAUAUAAAAAAUAUUUAGAAACUUUUUUUUUUUUUUUCAAGUUACAUUUUACAUCCUGUAUCAGUUUCUGUUUUCUGAAGUUUACUAUUCCCAAGGUGAGAAAUGACCAACUUAGACAGCUGAUGCACUUUAAAGGCUGGCACAUUAAGGUAAGCCUGUGGUUGGUUUACAUACUAUGUUUGGUUGCAGGCUGACUGCAUAGGAGUUCUAGGGCCUGCCAAGGAGGCAUUUAGCAGGGAGGUGGAGGCAGUUGGGGCAGGUAACAGCUGUAGUUGCGCCGAGGCUCUCAGAGCUCUGGCAGGUGUUUUAAGAUCAUUUGUUCAUGCCCAGACAUGCUCAGAACCAAGCCAGUUUCUACAGUCAAAAAUGAGGCUCUUAGAGCAACAAAAGCCAAAUAGCACGUUUUAAGGUGUUUUAAUUAAGAUUGUCACCACACUGUAAAGAACUGUUCUGCUCGUGCAGUUAGGAAUUGCUUAGAUUUGAUCAUUCCCUGAGUUGUUCAUAGACAGCAUUAACAGAUGGCCAGCCCAUUGCAGGUCAGCACUUCCCCCAGACUGUCAGUGUGUUUGAAAGCUGAGACCUUAAGGAAGGUAUCAGAACGUUUGCAGAUGGCUGCAUCUGCAUGUAGAAAAACGGAGUGCUGAAAGAGCUUCAGUUUCAAAACAGAGCUCCCUUGUGUGGUCUUGCUGUGAAUAUAAGUUACCUAAUCUUAAAGAAUGUAGGAAGAUGUAUCUAAUUUAGUUGCUUGUCUGUUUUAGCUUCCUUUCUUCUGGUUCUUUUCUUCUGAUGUGCCCAAGCUCUAACAUCUGUUCUGCUUUUCUUUUACAUGUGAUGUAACUUGAUGUAAGCUGGAUUGCUUGUAAAAUAAUUAGUUAUCAAGAUCUAUGAAGAUAGGGAAUCUAGUUCAGGUAGCUAUGGUCAGCAGAUGAUAGAACUUUCAGUUUAGGGCACUCCACUGAUUACAUAUGCUCAUAUUAAGUAACAGGGCGUGGUGGGGAGAUAUCCUUCCCUAGUUUUGGUUUUGCUCUACUGUAAUGCUUUUUAAAGUCCUGUAAUUUCCUGGAAGACAAAGUGUUACCUUUUGUCUCUGGAUAUGGGUUGGAUUCAUGCUAACUAAUUGCCUUGUUUUACCGAGGGACUUAAUUUUUCAUCAUAAUCUUUCCCUGCAGAGACAAAGAAAGUUUCUUCUUUAGGGACUAGCUGUCUCUACGUGUGCCAGUGAGUGCUGAUGAUCUGAAGGUGCGUUAAGUAUUUGAUAAAGAACUUUUCCAGAUACACUGGAGAUAUCAAGACAUUGCCACCCAACGUUAAGGAUAAACUAAUUAAAUUAAUGAGUAGACAAGGGCAAAUAACAGAUUCAAACAUCAGUGAGGUAUUGCACCCUGCUGUAGAGUCGUUAGACCUCCAAGCAUGUGAUGUUUCAGAUAAUGCAUUAUUGCAGCUUUAUAACUGCAAGCAAUUGAAAAAAAUCAACUUGAACUCCUUCAAAGAAGACAGAUUGGGAAUCACUUCAGAAGGUGUCACUGCCUUGGCCUUAUCCUGCCCUUAUUUGUGUGAAGCAUCUUUUACAAGGUGCUGCAAUAUAAGUGACAGUGGAGUUCUUGCUCUUGCGCUCAAUUGCCAGUUCUUACAAAUACUGAACCUGGGCAGCUGCUCAGGCAUCAUGGAUGCAUCUCUGCAGGCGCUAGGAGAAAACUGUAAAUUUCUUCACAGUGUGGACAUUUCAUCUACUCAGGUAACAGAUGAUGGUGUUAUAGCACUAGUGAACGGAAUGUGUUCAAAGAAUUUAAAGGAAAUCCAUAUGGAAUGCUGUGUUAAUCUGACAGAUGUUGCUGUGGAAGCAGUGCUCACUUGUUGUCCAAAGAUACGCACUUUUCUGUUCCAUGGAUGCCCGUUGAUAACAGGCCGUUCACAAGAUGUUUUAAGGCAGCUCAUGAUCUCAAACAAAAUCAAGCAAGUGACGUGGACCGUUUACUGACUGUUUUUUGCCUGCUUAUGUAUGAGUGUAAAGUUUACAGUUAGGAGAGCUGUUUCAGGAAACAAGCACCUCUAAUAAACAGCUGGUGACUUCUGUACCUGCAGAUUGCUUCUCUGCUUCUUCCCACCAGAGGUCUCCAUUGCCAUUCCGGUCUUUGAGUGCGAGUCUGAGCUUUCCUAGCGACUGCUUAAGAGCCCUGUCUGUCUUUGCAGCACUGAUCAUGAUUCGUUAAAAGGAAAGUUAAAUUACAGUCAGCGUUACACUGUCAUCUCUCAGCCUCCUUGAGCAAUCAGAUUUGGCUGUUAUUAAGCAUGUUGUAGCAUCUGAGCUACCUACACAGACCUGGUCUUACUAAGUCCCUGCUCUGAGUUUUUAUGCUGAGAGGAUAAUUAUAGCUUGUUUGUCUGGAGGAAAAAACUGUACGUACCUUUCUUUUGAUGUUAUUGAUGUUACAGGUUUCUGUCUUUAUUUACCAUUGGUAUUUACAGAACUCUUACACAUCUAAAACUACGGUCUGAAACAUGCAAACACAGAAGAUCUUUGGAAUUAUUGUAGUGUUUAACAAAUCUCAGAAUAGUGCUGAUGGCUGAUAAAAUAAUCUUAUAUGAUACUCAUUUGCUCUGGCUUUCUCCUAUUGCGAAAUCAUUGGAGGGAACAAAGCAUUGGUCUCUGUAAGCAUGGCUAGGAGUGAAGUAAGACCACGUUUAGCAUUGGAGUACAUGAAUCUUGAGACAGAAGAGUUCAGCGAAGUUUGUGUUCUGGUUUAUACAGUUUAUCACAUCUCCAGUGGCCUCUAGAAGAUGAAAAUGUCUGUUUAUGUAUUGUUUGACUGUAGUCAUUUAAAAAAAAUUGUAAGCAUAGAAUUGAUUGUGACAGAACUGUGUUUUCAUCAUAAUUACAAGUCAUGCUCACUGGCUUUGUUGAAGCAGUAGAGCUUACAGUGAGACCUAUAUGAUUUCUGCAUUAAACUUCUAAAAAUGUAACUUCAGCAGUGCAGAGAGCAGACAGCACACUGUGUUGAUAUUCCACGUUUGGAAAUAGCAGGAUUUAGCUGGGCAGGUCUUACUCAGAUCUGAUGACUUUCAAAAAUGACUGAGUUUAGACAACAGUAAAGAGUGUUUAUUUUAGAAUUUAGUGCUUGUUUUAGCUCAUGCUGAUUUUAAAUGUUGCAGAAAUAAAAGUGUCUUCUACUAACCUAUUUAAAGUACAGUACAAAAGGCAUGGAAGAUAAUGCAUCCAGUAUUGUUAAAGGAUAUUACAGUAUCUGACAAGGAUCUCUGCUUCUCUCUUGAUUAUAUGGCUAAUGGAAGAGCAAGUCCAUUUAGAAAACUUGUUCAUGUGUAACUGAAAGCAUAAUUCCAAAACUCGGGAACAUAAAUCUCUAACUCUUCUUGCAUGAAGUAAUUGAUCUGUUGUGUCUGAUUUCAGGAAGGGUGCCACAAAAAGAGGUGGCAUCAUUAGCUACCAGAAGUGAGAAGAGGCUCCAGGAGCCUCCUGCCCAAAUCAAGGCCAGCUCUGAGGCCAGCCUCUGAACUCAGGGCUUUCUCUGACUAAAUCUCUCAAGUGCUACAGUCAAAAAGAAAAUUAUAAAUGGAAAUAUAUAAAGCAGCUUAAGGUGGAAGACCACUGAGGCCUGUAACGGCAAAGGACACUUACAGUGCUAGCCCUUUGCUAAUGUAACUCUGGAUUUGUCACAUUAAAGGCAAAUGCAGCUUACACUGUCCUUAAAUGUGCAUGCAGAUUCAAUGUUCUGCAGUCUUUUCUGAAUGUGUAACUUAGUGCUGUACCUCACUUUGUGCUUUAAAAAAAAAAAAACAGUACAUCAGUGUGAUGAGUAAUACUGCAUUCUUAGGCUUGAAAUUUUGAGUCUCAGUCAGUCCUUCACUUCCAGAGCUCAAGACUGCUGUUUGAGAGGUUUGUUACUAGCAUCCUUCUACUGGAAUCAUUUUUGAUUCAGGUUGAGACACAGUCAUUUUUAAUAGAUGUUUAAGAGUGGAGGAGUGAAGCUGGAGAUGAAAUUUGUGUAUGUGCUUACCAGUUCAUAUUUGAUAUUGUGCUUUUGUGUUACUGUUGUAGAUUCUUGAGUGAGCACUGUCAAAUAUUUGUAUAUUGCUUUGAAUAUUAAAGCCAGUAAGUCUUC